AUGAAAGUAUUCAUCGGCUUGGUUCUAGUGGUUCUAGUGGCGUCUGUCGCUUCGCAGAUUCAUAUAUUCGAAUCUGUAGGAAAAGAAUGUGCUAAGAAACUGGGAAUAACCGAAGAUUACUUCGAGAACUUUCCGCACAGCAGUCGGGUGAAGUGUUUUUACCAUUGCCAAAUGGAAAAACUUGAUAUAAUUGCCAAUGGUGUGGUGACUAAUAUUGAUUUGAAUGUACUAAAUAUCACACCGGAGAACUAUGAUAAGUAUGGCAUAAAGGUGAAGCCGUGCCUCACACUCUCCCAUCCCAACAAGUGUGAGCUCGGUUACCUGGUGUUCCAGUGCUUGAAACGGCAGUUUAAUUUGUAAAGUAACAUCUUUACAUGUUUUUAAUAAAUUAGUCUCGUUUCGAA